UAUACAAGAGUUAAAGGCAUAGAUGCUAGUUGUACAGGGGAAGCUCGAUGAUUGCUCAAGAGGCGUCGCUUUCUCUAUGAUGAAACCUAUGCUUUGUAUUGGAAGAGUAGAAAGGGCGGAAGUACGGAUAAGGGUUGAAAUGGCGUUUGAUGAUCUAAAGUGCGGCAUAUCUACAGAUUUUUCUGCUUGUGGGUUCGGAUUGGAGCAAACCCAAGGGUAGUGUAUACCGCUAAUAUUUGUAGACUAGGACGAGGCGGAAGAAAUUCCAGGUUAAAAGGUUACACAAUAGGUAGAAAAACAUUAUUCAGAUAUGGAGGAAGAUGCCAAACCUCUCCUGAUCCCUGUUGGAGGUGAUAAAGACAGCAUUGGAGUCCUCAACAUUCAGUUUAACCCAGAAGACUUUAAGGCCAAAAGGCCAUUCCAUGUAGAACCUACAAAUAUUGUUACUGAUACGGAUGUGAUGCAGAGAGUUACGGACGAAGCUUCAGCAAUGAAUAAGCGGAUUCAUUACUACAGUAGACUCGCUUCACCUUCAAAUAGGGCAUUGGUGGCUCCUGACCAUGUACUGCCUGCUCCAGAAGGAAUCUAUGUAUAUAGUCCAUUAGGAACUGCUUUUAAAAUAGAUGACUGUGCUGAUGGUCAGGGCAAAAACUCAAGCAUAGUAACAAUAUUCAUGAUCUGGAAUACUAUGAUGGGAACAUCUAUAUUAAGUAUUCCCUGGGGAAUAAAACAGGCAGGAUUUACUGCUGGGAUCAGCAUUAUUUUGCUAAUGGGCCUAUUGACACUUUACUGCUGUGUUAGAGUUGUUAAAUCACGGACAAUGAUAUCUUUAGCAGAUACCUCAACUUGGGAAUUCCCAGAUGUUUGCAAGUAUUAUUUUGGACCCUUUGGCCAAUGGUCUAGUCUCUUAUUUUCAAUGGUGUCUCUUAUUGGAGCCAUGGUGGUUUACUGGGUGCUUAUGUCCAAUUUCCUCUUCAACACAGGGAAGUUUAUUUAUAAUUAUGUUCAUAACGUUAAUGUAACAGAUAUUGUUCCUGGAACAAAUGGGAGCUAUAGAGUAAUUUGUCCAAGUGAUGCCAGUCAGGAAGUACCAGGAAACGAAACGCUGAUAUUCUUUUCUACCAGCGAUGGAGGCUUUGAGGUGUUUGAAAGAUGGUGGAGCAAAUCAAAUACUGUUCCAUUUUACUUGAUUGCGAUUCUUUUGCCCCUAUUGAGUUUUAAGUCUCCAUCUUUCUUUGCCAAAUUCAAUAUGUUAGGUACUGUUUCCAUUGUCUAUCUUGUUAUCCUUGUUGCCGUGAAAACUGCACAUUUGGGAUUUAAUUUAGAAUUCCACUGGUUUGAAAAGGACACAUAUUUUGUGCCAGAGUUCAGGAACCUGUUUCCUCAACUUACAGGGGUGCUGACUCUGGCCUUCUUUAUUCAUAAUUGUGUCAUUACAAUGCUUAAGAAUAACAAGAACCAGGAAAACAACGUGAGAGAUCUUUCCAUUGCCUUUUUUCUAGUGUGUUUAACGUAUCUCUACGUCGGAGUGUUAAUUUUUGCUGCUUUUCCAUCUCCACCAUUAAGCAAAGAGUGCAUAGAACAGAAUUUUCUAGACAAUUUCCCCAGCAAUGACAUCCUGGCGUUCCUUGCAAGGAUAUUCCUGCUGUUCCAGAUGGUUACUGUGUACCCACUCCUUUGCUAUUUGGCACGAGUUCAGCUUUUAGGACAUCUUUUUGGAGAUAUUUAUCCAAGUUUGUUCCAUGUGUUGGUUUUGAACCUGGCAGUUGUAGGAAUUGGCGUUGUAAUGGCCAGAUUCUAUCCGAACAUAGGAGGAAUAAUAAGAUAUUCUGGAGCAACUUGUGGACUGGCCUUUGUAUUUGUGUAUCCAUCCCUCAUUUAUAUGAUCGCUUCGCAUCGGGAAGGACGACUGACAUGGUGGGCACGGGUGGUUCACGUUUUGAUAAUCCUCCUAGGUGUGGCUAAUCUGAUUGCACAGUUCCUAAUGUGAAUCAAAAUCCUCCUUUUGAGAGAAACUGAGAGGUUCAAUAAGUUAACUUUAAGCAGCAGUUCUGUAAAAACUGUAGACUGCCCAUCCAUGGGUGUGUGCCUUUUCCAAAGAAAUAACUGCCCUUGAAAAAGAGAAUCUCAUCAAGGAAUGGGUGAUGCAUCUUGGAUCAUGCUACACUGUGGCAGGCUUGCACCAUUCUACAUCAUGAACAGGCCAUGUACACUUCUGAUGCAGUAAUUACGACUUCAAGCAGAAGUGCAUUCAGAAGCAAUGAAGCUUACAUUCCUGCUUGGGCAGACAUAUAUUUUCACAUGGAAGAAGGUGUACCUUCUAAGAAUUUGUGUACCUUUUUAUAUAGAAGACCAGUUCUGGAUUGCACGACUUCCUUGGAGCAUAAGGGACUUCCUUGAUCUUAAAAUUCUGCACCAUCUUUUACACAGUGGUGAGAAAUAUUAUAUGUUGAAACAGCUAUACAAGUUGUCACAGCCCAGUCUUACAAGCUGUCACAGCCCGGCCAUCAGAUCUCCUCUUUCCCGCUUCCAGACACAAACAUCAUCAAAUAAAAUUGCAGAAGAUGCGUCGUCCGGAGUCUAAUGACCAGUACAUCCAGGUGAAACUGAAGCUCUGGCCCAGGGAUAUUAGCCAGGCAAUCGUUGAAGGCAGUAGAAGACUCUUGCCGUCUGGCAAAGAGAGCAUGGAAAGGCAAGGACUUGGCUGCUGAAAGGUGACAUGUAAUCUAUGGGAGCAACUCCAGCAAUGACUGUUUCAUGGUGAAUUUGAAUUAGUUGAGUGAAGGUGUUAAGAACGUGGGGCUAAGGCAAAUAAUUCAAUGAGCUAGUGUUAGGGUUGCCACCUUUCUCCUUUUCUGGCAGGGUUCCUGUGCUAUAUGAUAGGCAGGAAUUCAACAAAUAUAGUUUCCCCCCAGCAUGGAGAAGCAGUAAUGGGGAAAGCGUCAAUUGUUAAACAUCCUAACGGCAUGCUGAUAUUCACGGCACAGGAACUCUGCCAGUCAAAGACGGCAGCCCUAGGUGUUAUUCAUUUCCCAAACUAGUUUCUCACAAAGAUGAAUGAAUACUAAAUGGGUUUUUCCCCAUUUGCUAUGCCAGUGGUAGAUCUUAUUCCUCCAGAAAAUGCAACUGAUUAGGCAAGAAUUUCCAACACAAGCAGUUUGUUGAAGAAUAUUCUGCUAUGUUGCCUUAUGCUACAGAGACAGGAUAUUCUAAAACAAACAAUAUGAGUUGUCAUGUUCUGGGGGGGAAACUAUUUAAAGGAUUGGCUCAUGAAUGCAAGGAAUACCUAGGGAAACUUAUAGUAAUCUUCUAUCAUUAUGACUCAUAUAUCUGUUAACAAGUCUACCCAUCUGCCUCUUCAUUCAUUCAUUCAUUCAUUCAGCUAGCAUGCUUUGUGUGGAUGGUGCUCUACACAGAUUCCUGUCCAUGGAGUUUACAGUCUGAAAAUAGGCACAGUGGAGAGAACAGAGGAGAAGGAGGGAAGUGGAAGCAGUCAUACGUUGGGGAGGAAGAAUAUGCAAUUAUUUAAUGUACACAUGCUUUGGCUUAGUUAAAAUAUAGAUAGGCUGCCUCAGCAACCUUUCUUCUGAAAUCCCUCAACAUAUGCCUUGGGAUGGAUUGUCAUGACCACAGCUGGUGAUUAAGCAACACUGGAACUUCAGACAGGCCAGCCAGAUUUUCAGAUAUGAAUGUGAAAUAUUUCUUUCCUUUCCUGUCACUCUGGCUUGAUUCUUAGCUGAGGCUAACUGUAUCCCUGAACUUGGUUAUCCCCACCUCAGGUGAGCAAAGGCGCCUCUGUCAUGUGACAAACUGAGGCAAUAUAACCUCAGGUGGCGAGUGCAGGCAUCCUGCCUCAUACAGGUGUCUCCCCACCUGCCUGCUGCUGGUCUACUGCUUCCCCUCUUCCUCGCUCUGUCUCUCCCAUCUUUGGCCAUGUGGCAGGCGAUGAUGGGAAUUGUAGUCCAAUCACAUCUGGGGACCCAAGCUUGAGAACCCCUGAAAACCUCUAUCACACUGAGGAUGUGCCAAGACAAUAAAAUAAAAUCCAUGAAGUAAUUCCAAGGAAAAUGUAACU